GUUUUGGCCUUGUAUGUUAUCGGACAUAUAAUUUCGUACGCAAAUCAAUUUAGCAAAAUCGUUCAUAUAAACAUUGUUUUAUAUUUUUAAACGUGACGGAAGGCAGCUUUGGGCAAGAUGUUCCCGCCAACGCGUUUAAAGAGCUGCCUUCCAGUCAUGAAUCCGAUGUUCAAGCGAUUACGUCCUCACAGGCCGUUCCGACAAACACCAUACCACAAUCAAACAAAGGUUUCGAAUACGGUUACAAAUACAAAAUGGAUGAAUUUACGUGCAAUAAUAACUCGCUGGGUGCCCCUAGGGAGUGUAAUGUACGUCGGAUGGUGCUACAUACGAGCUAGCGUCAACUAUGAAGUGUCUAAAGUGGAAAUUAAAUUUUACGAAAUGUUUCCAUUUCGAAUUACCAGCCGUCUAUGGGGUCGUCUAGCUGCUUGCGAACUGCCGACAUCGAUUAGAAAUUUCGUUUACGGGACAUACGUACGAAUUUUUAACGUGAACUUAAACGAUGCAGCGAUUACCGAUUUAAAGUAUUACAAGAGUUUAUCAGCGUUCUUUACUCGUCCAUUACGUGAAGGUGCAAGAUAUAUUUCUCCUGCUAUUUGUGUGUCCCCAUGUGAUGGUGUUGUAUUAAACUGCGGACCUGCAGAUACUGAUAAAAUCGAGCAAGUGAAAGGAGUAACUUACAGCCUUGAAGAGUUUCUCGGUGAGAACAAGUGGUCUGAAAAUUCCGAUCCAAACUACUACAAUUCUUUAUUAAAGGAUAAAAAUAAUAUAUUACAUCAAUGUAUAAUAUAUCUAGCACCGGGAGAUUAUCAUAGAUUCCAUUCACCAUGCGAUUGGACAUCAAAAUUUCGUAGGCACUUCUCUGGAAAACUAUUAUCAGUAAACCCGUGGAUGGCACGCUUGAUCCCUGGUUUAUUUACAAUGAAUGAGAGAGCUGUUUACAUAGGUGAGUGGAAACAUGGAUUUUUCAGUAUGACAGCUGUCGGAGCAACUAAUGUUGGUUCCAUAGAAAUUUACAGCGAUCCUAAUUUACGUACAAACACAAAAGGGAAAAGGAAUCGAGUCGAUGAGUUGAAUAUUAACACAUCUUAUUGUAAGGGAGAGUUAUUCGGUCAAUUUAAUAUGGGAAGUACCAUUAUAUUGUUGUUUGAAGCACCAAAAGAUUUUAAAUUUGAGUUUAAAUCGGGUGAAAGAGUGCUUGUGGGUCAAGCAUUGACGGGUUGUGCUGUUCACGCUAGAUGACCUGGUUUCAAUGAUCUCUUGCAUGUAAUGCAAAUCGGAUUAGUUUUCUAUAUGUUUGUUUUAUUACUUUGAGUAGCAAACAUAUAUGUUUUCACAAUAUAAUAGAUAUUUUUACAGUAAUUGCAAAGCAGGAAUGUUGAAUUGACUUUAUUAAGUUUUGAAUAUAUUGAUGGGUCCUAUGUAUAAGGGUCAAAGUAAAAAAUUU